UAUUAGUUGUUAAGAGCAUCCAUGGUCUGCGCAUGUUUCUUCUGAAGUUUACAUUCUGUGAUAUAAACUAGGAGUGGUUUAGCAAUUGUAGGUGCAAACUUACACCCAUAAGUAAUUGCAUCUGUACCAAAUAGUAACUGGGGACCUACCUGUUGAUGCAGGUCAGAGAGUUCCAAAUGGUGCCACUUCUAGUGCUGAUACAAUUGUUUGUGAGUUCGCAGACUUCUGGCAGUAGGAAAAAGGCUGAAUUGUGGCUUGUUUAUCUGACUUCAAAAUGCAAGCUGUCACUUGAACGAUGUUACGCUUGUGCAGUGUGGGUGAGUGGGCAUUUCAUCCAGGAGCUUUUCUUGUGAGUGACUCCUGGCAUUUUGUGUUUUUAUUUUUAGCCUUUGUGUUGCAGUAGCAUUUUCAGUGCAUUUAAUUGCACUUGUUUAAAAUGCCAAAGCUUGAACUGAAAGAAAUGUUAUUUUGAGAGCAGAGUUCACACCACUCUCCAAAACAGAAUGAUAUUGUGCUGGCUCAUGUUAGGAGGCUAAAGCUCUGUAGUGGGAAAGGUAGCUGAGGAAGUGCUGCCACCCGUGUCGGGACUCAGUCCAUCAUGCAAGAGGUCUCCACUUACCCUCCCUGUAGAACUUUUUCUUCUGCAUGGCAGAGCAUGUCUGGACAUCAAAAGGAGGGGGAGGCAUCCCUUAGGUCAGAGAUAUCCUUGGCACAAGGGCACUUGUCAGGCCUGAAUAGAAAGUGAAAGCGGUUCCAGUAGCAGUGUUGUACAACUGCUUAAAGAACAGCCAUAGAGAUGGCAGAACCAAAUUCUGUGUUGCGGUGGCCACAGGCAUUAGGGCAAGUGGCAGUGGUCAUGGAUUGCCACGUGGGAAGCUGAGCAUGAAGAAAAACGUCAUCCCUGGGAGGGUGAUGCUGCAGGAGAGCAGGUACCUCAACAGGUACCUCUGCUUUAUGUUCGAGGCAUGGCUGAAUGAAGCCACACGUGAUCUGCUGUAGUGGAGGUGGCAGACCUUCUCCUCAUGGGAGGUCAGACUGGAGACCAUCCAGGUCCAGACACUAUUUUGAGGAUUCUGUGAGCUUCAGCAAGUUUCAUUUUGCUACUUAAUUUCCUCUUGCCCUUUGUUCACAGAGUGACUAGAAAUCAAGAGCUGUUUGACAAUAAGAAAUCAAGGCACUUUUUAUUUAUUUUUAUCCAAAGGCAGAGGAGAGGAGGCACUGCAAGAUAGUUCACAGACUGCAUGCUCAGUAAUCUGAGCUCUCAGACCUAAAUUCUGGCCCUGCUAGUCUCACCACAUUGCUGAGCUAUCGGACCUGCUCCCUUAUCUUACUGGUUUCAUCCAGAAAUACCAUUCCAGGGCUUGAAAUAUUUUAGCAGAAACAGUGCAAAAGGUUUGUUUCAGUAAAUCAGCAGUUCCUGCAAAACAAGCUUUGCUGAAAGUUCCCCUGCCAGCUGUGCUUUCACGUGUGUUUGGGUUAGCUCAGAAGGUGGCCAGGGACUGAUUGGGAAACUCAAAGCUGCUAUAUUUACCUGCUCUAAUUGCUUGGAAAGUGCUCCAAAGCCUUCCCUUGGUUUCAAUGUCAGUAAAAUGGGAUCGUCACUGAAUGCUUCUCUGAACUGUGUUGUUUUAAUUGCUUGAUCAGGAAUUAGCACCUGGAGUCUACGGCUGCUUUCCAUGAUGUGUUGUGCUGGGCAGGAAUCUGUUUGACUUGAAUUUAAUCGUAAUUGCUCGUGAUUCUGAAGGAAAGUCCACAUGUUCCUAUGAACUUUGAUGCUCCUGAAAAUGGUACUAAGCCAUGAAAAGUAGUCAUAACCACUGAUGCGCUUUCUGUGCACCUCUUGCCUAUGGUAGGAGACUUCAGGAGGAAUAGAGUGGGAGUAUAAACACAAUAAAUACAGAUUUUAAAAAAAAGCGAUCCUUUGGUUUGAAAUUGAAUGAAGUUCUUUAUUCCCUGGAUAAUAUUGCUUGUUGUAUAGCAUGCAUGGAUUUUGGAUAAAAAGGUGCAGGACAGGAUAUGGAAAGCUGUGCUUAGUUUUCUUAGUUUAUUCUAUUAAUUCCAUUCAAUGUUUCAAGGAGAUCCUUAUUUUCUGUGCAGUGAAGGGAGGCUUUCCUCAAGUUCCAGUGUAAGGACAUGGAUUUCUUAUAUCUGCAACAAACUGUAAAAACAACCUCAAAAUCCCAUGGAGUUCUGAUAGGCUCCAAGUCCCUGUUGUAAGUAAAGUAUAUGUUCUAAACAGUGUCAAUCACUGGAAGAGAGAGGAAAAAGUAUGCAAUAAACCAAGCAGAGGCACUGGAGAAUUCAGGGAGAGCAAAACCAGAUAGAAAUGUUUGGAAAAGAAGACCGGUGUGAAAAAUUCAGUCAGACUUGUUCAAAGUGCCAACAAAAGACGAGAGGAAUAAGCCACAAAGAGCUUGAGAAAUAUUGCUAAGAAAGGAAACAAUCAUUCCCUUUAACUGAACCAGAACAGAUCAAGAAGUUAUUCCCUCAGGAGCUGUAGUAUUAGGCAAAAUUUUUCAUGUAACUUUUCAUAACAAUAACUAAGGAAUGUAACAAGCUUGUUAAGGUUACUAGAAAUAAUUGCUGCCAUCAGGAGACAUCUGUUGCUUAAUUAGCAAUCCCCUUAAAGCAAGUGGGAUUUGGGUUUGGGAUCAGUUAAAAAUCUUUCCUCCUACAGUAAAGGGAAAGAUGGAAUAAAUAAUUGCUUUGUACUAAAGUGAUUAUAAUUCUGCUGGAGUGAACUGGAGGGGCUGCUCUGAAGACUUCCCAUUGUCAUGAGUAAAGUAAUUUCUAACUUCUCGCCUUGUGUCUGUAGCAGCGUUCAGAGCUUCAUUGAUCUCUGUGGAACUGGUACUGUUUUAAGAGACUUCAGCAAAAGUUCUUCUUGGUUAACCAAAGAAAUAUGCUUCAAAUUGGAAAGGGAAGACCGAAAAUACUAGUAUAAAAGAGCAGUAGCUUGCACAGUUCUCUAGAAUGGCUGAUGAUGAAGUGGGGGGAAAAAACCCUCAUGGGUGCAAUUCCAGGCAUUCAGUAUUGACUUCUGUCACCAUGUGAGCACUUCAUAGUGUCCAGGCAUUGACUGUUUUCCCAAGGAGAGAACUGGGAAGAAGUGACAGCCACCCCUGCUUUCUGCUCCCGGCAGGUUUGUGGAUUACAUGUGGAUUGUGAACUAGGGAGAUACCACUUACCACUGUCCUUGAUUUUCACAGGGUAUAUUGGCCAAGCCUUCCUGGUUGGGUCAGUAUUUCCACUAUGGAGCCAGAGAAUAUUCCUGGCACAUUUCCUGAAGGUUGGUAUUGAGAGACAGCACUUGGACAAAGCCAGAAUCUGUGGCAGGGCGUUUGCCUGCCCUGGCCUUGUUGGGCUGCAGCAAGCCCCUCACAGCAUUACGCUGCAGAGCUGUAGGAACGGGAACAUCCAACGCAGCUUCCCUGUAGGAGAGAGGGGCAGUGCCCUGCUGGGACCCUCUUGGAGGCAGGUGGGGCUGGUACGGUGUUGAACUUGCAGGGUGGGAUUUGGAGAGCCCAGCAGUCUGACUGCCACAGGUCCAGCCUGGGAGCCUGGUUUGAACUCCAUGGGAGCAGCAGAUGGGCUAGGCCAAGCCGCAAGUACUGCCCACAGGGUUCAGAGCUGCGAGGACACUGCUGUCCUUGAGGCAGGCCCAAAUGAGGAGCACCAUCGUUACUUACUCAUCUGAAUUUGUCACAAGCAUGGUGGCAAUUGGCAGAUGUGGCCUACAGCUGUUGCAGGUGGAUCUGAGCGUGCAGCACUGCUCCAGCUGCUCGAAGAAGCCAGGACCAGCAAGCAGCAACGCUGGCAGAAUGAGCCUGAAAGCUCAGAGGGCAGGUGAGAGAUCUGAUUGCCGGGGGGCAGAUGAGUUCAUUGGAGAGCUGUUAACUUAAUCUUCUGAAGAGAGCGGAAGGGGAGGAAGCAAGGGAGGUUUCUACCAUUUACGCUAGGGCUGACAGUGCCUGCAGCUCCACCACCCAACUUCUUUCCGCCUCUGGAGAAGCCUUGGUGACUCCUGGGAAGUCGUGGCCUUCACAGCACCACAGGUCCCUGCAGAGCCGUCCUACCAGAGGUUGGUGUCCCAGUGGGAAAAGGAGGUCCCUGGUGUUGCUUGGAGCAGUUGCCCCGUCCUGCACUGGAAGAGGUUUUGCUGGGCAAGUCCCAGUGACGAUUCCUGUCUCUGCAAGCUGAGGGAUGUGGAGGAGUGGAAGACAGCGGGUGAGCUCUGCUCUGCUCUUUUGAUCAAAUGACAGAACAGAGCAGGGGAGAGGAUUUGUCAUUCCAGCCCUAUAAGGUGGUAUUGUACCUGAGGUCCUGGGGGCUUGCACUCACCUCUGCAGCUCAGUACUGAUGUGUGGAUGUAGGCACUCCUGGCCUGCUGCGAGCUGAAUCUUGCUGUUCCUUCCUCCAUCUCCAAUGUGGGUUUCCCUGCAAAAUCUGUCUGUCUGUGCCAGCUUGACAAAAACACCUCUUUUGUAAAUAUGGGCCACACACUGUGCAGCUCACUUUUUCUGCUCUGCUGUAUUUCAUUUCCUACUGAGUUCUUCAGCAACAGCAGCAGCACAGUCCCUCAAACAACUUCUACCCCUGGGAUCGCUCUGAAGGAUUUUUCUCCUGGUUGUAUGUGGGAGUUACUCCUGGGCUGUUUGGGGUUUUAGCAGUCUUGUUUAGAGGCAAUGGAGGUCUGGGUGAUUCCAUAUGGCCCCCUGCACCUCUCUGCAGAUUUUAUUGCUUGGAGGCUGCCAGCAGCCUGCACAUGCAGAGACCAUGCUGGCUUGCAAUGCAGGACCUGCCCAGUGUACAAACUAGUGCCAGAUGAACUUCUCUGACUUUUGUGGACUAGCUUCUCAUCUAGCAUGUACUGGUGAUUUAGUCACUAUUUUAGCUGUCAGCUAAAUUGCCAGCAGCCAGGCUUGGCUUGCAACUGAGCACAAGUGUAUGCAUCUCUUGGAAGGACAAUGUUACCCUCAUGAGUGACCAAAAAGGCCCCAUCCUCUUCAGUAAACUCAGCUCCUCUGCAGGGAUUUUGAGAAGGCAACAGAUCAUACCCAUGAUUUUGCCUGCCAUGUUCUGGGUUAUGACUGCUGAACCCAUGGGCUGACAGGCUGUGUUUGACAGACCUCUUCUCCAACCACUCUGGAAAAAAACUCAAUUUGCUAGGAGCCAUUUAGUUUUAAUUUUGACUGGAUGUACAAUUUGUGAAGGAAUGCUAAUCCUUUCACAUGUCUUUGUUAGCACAGAUGUGUGGGGAGCCUAUGCUUGGACCCUGCUGCAGCUCUCAGAGACAGCAACAUAGAAGUCUGGAACAUCACAACUCGGCAUGGCCUGGCCUGAGCCAUCUGUGGCUGGCAAGGUGGGAUGCUCCUGAUGACAAGCAGAAACUUGGGACACAAAGACCUGAUGGAAAUGCCCAGGGGUGGACAGCCUGCUUAUCUCACAGUGACACAAACUUUUCUUGUCAUUUCCUUAUGUAAGCCUGGGUGCAUCUUCCAGAAUGGCAGAUGUGACUGAUGCUCAGUAAGUUGCAGGUUUGAUUUUGGCUGCAAGAACCUCAUGUGUCAUUUCCUGUAAUAAGGAAACCUGAAAUUUAACCAGGACAGUAUUAUUCUUUCUGAAGAGCUGAUUUGAUCGGUGGAAACUUCAUGGUGAGUUAAGUGUUGAAGGAGUAUCGCCAGAUUGAUACAAGCUUGAGGAUGAAUACCUGAAGCCCUGCAAGACGGAUUAAAGCACAGGCACCAGGAGUGCAUGCAAAGAAUCUGUUCCCAGGACCAUGAAUGGAUGCCAAGCCACUCUGUUUUCAAUUACAUGAGUAUUAUACCUCCUGCUCCAAAGACUGCAAGGACAGAUUUGACUUUUGGCUUUUCCUUGUCAUCCUUUUCUGGGGGCACUUAGGGUAAGAGUAUCCUGGGUUCAGCCUGCCUGGUACUGCUGUGGCCAAGCUAACAUGCUGGCACAUCCUGGUUUCCAGUGUCAGCAGCAACGUUAGAAUUGGUGGAAAUGUGAUUUUGAAGGGUGACCCAUACAAUACUGGACGAUCCUGGACUCUUCAGAAGCCAUGGUUUCCUCAGAGGAGCCACCACUAGGGAGAAAAGAUGCAAACUGGUAUGAUUCACUGGCUGCAUAGUUGAAGAACACUGGGAAACUUGGAAUGUGAAGUUUUGUUUGAAGAGAGCAAUAUUUUCAGGCUGAAAUAUUUUCUCACUUCUGGACUCUCACCUCAUCAGACCUGCCAAAAAUUUCCAGCUUUUGUUGUGCUUGCAGGUAUGAGGUGACUAUUCAGAUGCCAUGACCAGCACACGAAGAGACUGAAACACAGCAUUGUGUGUACACAAGCAAAAUGUCCUUCCAAGCAAAACACAAAUCAAGAACUAUGCACACCUGGCAAGCGUUGGCCAUCUACAUGGUCUUAGCUGCAAACCUCUCCGAACAGCAAGCACUGAAGCAGGCUUGUCCUUCAUGCGAUGCCAGUCAGCUUUGCAACUGCUCCUCCAUGGGCUUGGCCUUCAUUCCCCCUGGGCUCACGGCCAAAAUCACAGUGUUAAACCUGGCCCACAACAGGAUAAAGCGCAUCCAAUCCCAGGACCUGCAGCAGGCUGUGAACCUGAGAGCUCUGCUGCUGCAGUCCAAUGAAAUCAAUUCCAUAGAUGAGGACUCCUUCCAGUCCCUGGCAAAACUGGAGCUCUUGGACUUAUCAAAUAACAGCUUGGCUCACUUGUCCCCUGUGUGGUUUGGGCACCUCUUCUCACUCCAGCACCUCUACCUUCAAGGCAAUUCUUACAGAGACCUGGGGCAGAGCUCCCCCUUUUCUAGCCUGAGGAACCUGAGCUCUCUCCACCUGGGCAGCCCGCAGCUCUCCGUGAUAAGGCAAGGGAACUUUGAGGGCAUUGAGUUUCUGCACAGGUUGUGGAUUGACGGCAGCAAUCUCAGUCAGUAUGAGGAGGGAAGUUUGAAAUCAAUUAAGGAGAUAAAUCACAUGAUCAUAAACCUAAAAGAUAGUAAUAUAUUCUCAGAAAUUGUUAGGGACCUUCUGCACUCUGUCACUUGGCUAGAAGUGACAGAAAUCAAAUUAACUGUUGACAAAGGAAGCUUGGUGCAGAAUUCUACACGUCCUUUUAGGUUACAAAAACUUACACUUAAAGAAGCUUUAUUCACAGACCAAACGAUUAGCCAAGCAAUAGUGUUACUGAAGGAAAUCACCUCUUUAAGACAGUUAGAGGCAAUCAAUUGUGUGCUUGAGGGGAAAGGAAUAUGGAACACUGACGAAAUUGCAAAGAGUGGGGAAAGUUUUGUUGAAACAAUAACAAUAAUAAAGAUAAUGAUUCAGAAUUUUCAUUUGUUUUUUGACCUGGAAGGCAUGGAGUCACAAAUAAACAAUCUAAAAAGACUCACUAUUGCAAGCUCUAAUGUCUUCAUGGUGCCAUGCAAACUUGCAAGACAUUUUUCAUCACUUCUGUAUCUGGACUUUCAUGAUAAUUUGCUUGUAAAUAAGCGUUUAAAUGAGACAAUCUGUAGAGGUUCCUGGCCUUCAUUGCAAACUUUAAAUCUAAGUCAGAACUCUCUAAAAUCUCUGGAAGAGACUGCAAAGUAUACAUCUCGUCUACCCAAUCUGAAUAAUCUUGAUAUUAGCCAAAAUAAUUUUGGUGAGAUUCCAGAUGCGUGUAAAUGGCCAGAAAACCUGAAAUAUUUAAAUCUGUCCAGCACUCAAAUUCCUAAAGUAACAAGCUGCAUUCCUGAAACGCUGGAAGUUUUGGAUGUUAGUGGAAACAACCUGAAGGAGUUUGGACUGCAGCUCCCACUUCUGAAAGAGCUGUACCUCACCAGAAACCAGCUGAAGGCGCUGCCGGGUGCUGCACCCAUUCCAAAUGUAGUGGCCUUGUCCGUCAGAAGAAACAAGCUGAACAGUUUCUCCAAGGAGGAGUUUGAGUCGUUCAGGAGAAUGGAGCUGCUGGAUGCCAGUGACAACAACUUCAUCUGCUCCUGCGAGUUCCUCUCCUUCAUCCAGCACGAAGCCGGGAUCGGCCAGGUGCUGGUGGGCUGGCCGGACAAGUACGUGUGUGACUCUCCGCUGGCGGUGAGAGGGGCGCAGGUUGGCGCUGUGCACCUGUCCCUGAUGGAGUGCCACAGGUCCCUGGUGGUGUCGUUGAUCUGCGUGCUGGUGUUCCUGGUCAUCCUGCUGCUGGUGGCCGUCGGCUACAAGUACCACGUGGUCUGGUACCUGCGGAUGACGUGGGCGUGGCUGCAAGCCAAGCGGAAGCCCAAGCGCGCCCCGCCGAAGGACGUCUGCUACGACGCUUUUGUCUCCUACAGCGAGAACGACUCCGACUGGGUGGAGAACACCAUGGUGCGGGAGCUGGAGCAGGCCUGCCCUCCCUUCCGGCUCUGCCUGCACAAGCGGGACUUUGUGCCUGGGAAGUGGAUUGUGGACAACAUCAUCGACUCCAUUGAGAAGAGCCACAAAACGCUCUUUGUGCUGUCCGAGCACUUUGUGCAGAGCGAGUGGUGCAAAUACGAGCUGGACUUCUCGCAUUUCCGCCUCUUUGACGAGAACAACGACGCGGCGAUUCUUGUCCUCCUGGAGCCCAUCCAGAGCAAAGCGAUUCCCAAGAGAUUCUGCAAGCUGCGGAAGAUCAUGAACACAAAGACUUACCUGGAGUGGCCUCUCGAAGAGGACCAGCAGCAGAUCUUUUGGUUUAAUUUGAAAAUUGCUCUAAGGUCAUAGACAGGGAAAUUAAGGAACAAAAAUGUAGUGAAUCUAGUCUGGAUUUGUUUCAGUUGCCUGAUUGUCUCAUUACUUAUCUUCAUCUCAUGUACAGAGAGCUGGGCUAUUGCAAAUUGUAACAGUUGCUAUGAGAUAAUUACUUUUUGUAGCCAUUGUUCUGAAUAGUUGUACAGGUUUGGGCUGGAAUACAGUCAAUUUUGUUCAGAGCUCCUCCUGUGGUGCUGUGGUUUGUAUUUGUGGCCAAAAGAGUGUCCAUAACACAGGGGCUCUUUAGUUACUGCUCAACUGUGCUUGCACAGCAUCAAGGUUUUCAAAUGCAGAAGCAUUUUCCAUUUCUCACACCGUCCUGCCUGUGAGCAGGGAGGGGUUGUAUCAUAAUUUGGGAGGGGACACAUCUAGGACAGCUGAUCCCAGCUGACCAAGAAGAUGUCCUACACAUAAUGUCAUGGGCCAUGAUAACAUAAUCAGCACUAAAAGCUGUGUGAAAGAAAGAGAGGAUGUUUGGAGUUAGCAUAUUUGUCUUCCCAAGUAAAAGUUCUGUGUCAUGGAGUCCUGCUUUCAUGGCAAUGGCUAAACAUUUUCAUGUGAUGGAAAUUAGUUCCUUCUUCUGCUUUGCUUGUGAGCAGAGUUUUUACUUCACCUGUUGAAGUGCCUUAAUGCGAACUCCCAAGUUUUCUCACUUUUACCCUUCAGAUUUUCUCCCUGGUUUCACUGAGGGGGGAGAGAGAGUGGAUUUGUGGUGCUGAGCUGCCUUCUGAGGUUAAACAGCAAUAAUUAUCUGCACAUGUUAAUCAGCAAUAUCAGCAAAAGCUGUGUCAUUUAAAUAUUUAAUGAUGAAAAGUUGAAUAGAUAUACAGCUAUGUAGUUUAUAUGUCCUCAUCUUUGCGAAGGUUUCAGGACAGAACCUGCCUAGCCAAGGGUUUUUCUGCAUUCUUUGUAUAAACCACUUCUCAUCAAAUGCUAUAAAAGUCAGUCUAUGCAGCAAAUAAUUUUGUCCUAGCACUCCUAGUCAGUGGAUCUAAGGACUGAUUCUCUGUAUUUAAUUGUCACAGAAAGUUUAAUUCCCAGAUCUCCUGAAAAUCAUGGCUGCAAGUCUUACUGUAGAAAUAUGCUUUCUCACUGCAUUUCUGUCUGUUGUAGCUUUUAGGUUCUAUAAUUUCCUUUAUGAAAGACAUCUAUGGAGGAUGAUUUAUGUCUGAUUUUGUUGUACUGUAUGUGGCAAUAGAUGCUUCAGAGUAGGGUUCAAAUACCCUUCUGACUAGCACAAGUGGAGUUUAAGAUGUUCUCAGCUACAGUGUGGGAAACACAAAUAUAUUGUUCUUGAAUCCAACACUAUAUUCUUCCCCUUGUUUAACAACCUUAACAUAGUCAUGAAAAGAGCAUUUCCUACCUUUCACUCUCUCUGUAAAUGUAGUCCACAAAACCAGAGUGGGUGGAGAACAUCCCACAUAGGACAUCAUGUUUGCUGUCAGGUGGGGUCGUGUUUUCCUGAGAAGGUUACUGGGACAAAGGUCCUAAUUGGUGGAAAAAUGGAACAAAUGGAAGACUGUCACCAGAUUCAUCCUUCAGAGCUGAUGUAAAAAGAAAGGGAUGUCUUUGUGAUAUUCUCCUUGCAGCCACGGAAAAUUUUGGGUGAACUCUAAUAGCUUGAUUCUGGUAGGCCAGAAGGAUCAUGAACUUCUGGAUCAGUUGAGGACUUAGGCACAGCCAUUUCCAGGCACAUAUUGAAGUAUGUAGUAAGUAGGUCUUAAAAACUUUCAAAUGGAAUCACCUACAACAUUUGGCUGUACCUGUGAUGAGACCAUGUCCAGAUUAGUUUUUUUAUUACUGUUUUGAUCUUGGGCAUCUAAUGUGGUACAGAAAACCUGUUCAAACACCUCACUGUAACUGAGUUGAUUGCAUUGGAAGUUUCCUCUCACUGCUGGUUACUUGUUGUGUUACUCCUUUUAGCCACUCCUCUGCACAGCCAAAGUGUCAGUGAGAGCAAACUAUCCCUGCUCUUUGCUAGUCAUUGAGAGAGCUGAGGAUAUACCUGCUUCCACAGGUGUACACCCACAAGCAGGCAACUUUGACAGCACAUUGAAAAUUAACAGUUUAUUUAUAUGCAUUUUUGCAUUUAUUAAUGCAGGCAUAACACAUAAUAAGAAUUACUAACUUUGUUACUUUAUCUAAGCUAAAAAAGCCACCUUCUUUCUAUUUAUUCAAGAUUUGCUCUUUCUUUCAUUUACUUCACUUUUUUCUUAAGCACAUCAUUUCCCAUUUUUAGCAUCUAGACCUUAUUUUCACCUAUAGAUGGCUUCAUACAAUAUCUGCUUUAUUCUUAUAUAUAUUAUAUAUUAACAUAAUAAUAAAUAUACUAUAAUAUACUAUAAUAUACUAUAAUAUACUAUAAUAUACUAUAAUAUACUAUAAUAUACUAUAAUAUACUACAAUAUACUAUAAUAUAAUAUAAUAUAAUAUAUGUUAAGUAAGCAUAUCUCUGACUUCUAAUAACAAUGUAGAGAUCCUUAAAAUACUGAUCAUGUUUAAUCUGAAUUCAGAAGCUACUUCUGCUAUGUAUUUUUUCGUUCUAGGAAAUCUAUUUUUUUUUCCUAGCAUGAGCUUCCCAUUAAAACCAUCAAUUUAUUUUAAUUCUUACUUUGAGAAAAUAUAAUAUGUUUUCAUAGCAAGCUGCAUAGCCUCGCUGUACUGCAAAAAGAGGCAAAAGUGUUUCUAGCAUACCACAAUUCCACCCAUUGCUACUUUUUCUAGUCUUGUAAAAUUAAGUACAGAAUACGCAUAUUCUGGGAGGUAAAUGUCCAACACUUUGAAUUCUCACCAAUAAUCUGCACCCUAUUCUAGAGCCAGUGAGUAAGUAAUGCCUUGAAUGAUGCCUGUAACAUUUGACUGACAAACCACCAGAUAGCAGAGACAGUCCAGAAGUUGUCAUAAAAUAUUUGGGUGUUCCCAUGCAAUCUGUUAAUAAGGAAACUGGAGAGAAUAUCUGCAACAACAGGUAAAUCUUGUAUUUAUUGUAUGUAUUGUAUAAAAUCUUGUAUUUUUCUUAGUCAGAAUAAAAGAUACAGUAUUGGGUUAAA